GACACAACAUGGCGGAAUAGGAGAGGCGGCCGAGGCGCCCGGAUACAGCGAGUAAAAGCGCAGGAGACUCGCUAGAUGUGCCCCGUCGAAGAGCAAGAAUUACGCCUGUCUGUCAGAGAGAGCCCGGGAAACUUUCAGGAAUUCGGGGCUCCUCUUUGACAUGUGAUUUGGGGGGGCUAAAAGCCAGCGAUCUAUCUAUCACCCCCUCUCCAAAUUGGCCGUCUGCACGGGAUCAUUCCUGUUACCCAGGCCCCCCACCCCGCACACACUCUCGCUUCUUGGGGUGUGUAGAUAGGGGCAGGGGAACAGAGCGUGGAGAAAGAGAGGAAAAUAUUACACAUUUCCCCCAAAUAUAAGGCCACACGCGUUGACAGGAGAGUCGCGGGAUCCUGCGCUCAUGAGUGACACAUGCUAGCUUCGUCCUCUCAGGCAGAAUGGGUGUGUCCCCGCUGCUUCUGCUCUGUAGUGCGGCCCUCUGGGCCCUCACCUCUGCACAGACCAUCCCCCCUACACCAGGUCCGCACCUCAAUCUGACAUUCCCAGAGGUCCCCGAAGUCCCUCCCCCAGCACAGAGCAAUGCCACCCAGCCCCCCACCCCCCUGGCAACCCCGGCCCCCACCCUGCCUCCAGCCCCCACCAUAGCCCCCAGGGCUGCCGAACCAAACCCCGACCCCGCUGACCCCCAGCCCCAGCCCGACCCAGUCCCAGACCCAGGGACAGGCACCCCGGCAGCCCCCACCCUCCCGCCGUCAGACCCUGCCGGGCCCCCUCCCGUGGACCCUCCAGUCCAGACCACACCUUCCGCGGAACCGCCCGCGCCCCCCGCCCCAAGCCCAGCUCCCACCACCAGCCGCCCGGGGGAGGGGGUAAUCCCGGACGGGAACACCACCACGUCGGAGCCGGAGGUGGUGGUGGAGACGACGGUCGCGCCAACAGACGAGGAUGACGGCGAGACCACGCCCUCGGAACCGGAGCCCGACCUGCCGGUCACCACGGAGACCCUGGCUCCGUACACCGACCCGUCUAACGAGAAUGAAAGUGGUGGCGGAGAAGAUGAUCCGGCCAUCAUUGCGGUGACGGUGGCCCUGUCCUCUCUCCUCGUCAUCAUCUUCAUCUUCAUCGUCCUCUAUAUGCUCAAGUUUAAGAGGUACAAGCAGGCAGGAAGCCACUCCAACUCCUUCAGACUGACCAAUGGACGAGCAGACGACACAGAGAUGCAGAGUGUUCCGCUAUUGGCCCGCUCGCCCAGCACCAACAGGAAGUACCCGCCCCUUCCUGUGGACAAGCUGGAGGAGGAAAUGAACCGCCGCAUGGCAGACGACAAUAAGCUGUUCCGGGAGGAGUUCAACGCGUUGCCAGUGUGUCCUAUCCAGGCCGCAUGUGAUGCCGCCUCUAAAGAGGAGAACAAGGAGAAGAACCGCUACGUCAACAUCCUACCAUAUGAUCACUCCAGGGUGCACCUGAGUCUGUUGGAGGGAGUUCCAGACUCUGACUUCAUCAAUGCCUCCUUUAUUAAUGGGUAUCAGGAGAAAAACAAAUUUAUUGCUGCCCAGGGGCCAAAGGAGGAGACGGUGAAUGAUUUCUGGAGGAUGAUCUGGGAACAGAACACAGCCACAAUCGUCAUGGUUACCAACCUCAAGGAGAGGAAAGAGUGUAAGUGUGCCCAGUACUGGCCGGACCAGGGCUGCUGGACUUACGGCAACAUCCGGGUGUCAGUGGAGGACUGCAUGGUGCUGGUGGACUACACGAUACGCAAGUUCUGCAUACAACAGGUGGGUGACGUGUCGGGUAAGAAGCCCCAGCGUCUCGUGACCCAGUUCCACUUCACCAGCUGGCCCGACUUCGGGGUCCCGUUCACCCCCAUCGGCAUGCUCAAGUUCCUCAAGAAGGUCAAGACCUGCAACCCACCGUACGCAGGAGCCAUCGUGGUGCACUGCAGUGCGGGAGUGGGGAGGACGGGCACGUUCAUCGUGAUCGACGCCAUGCUGGACAUGAUGGGCUCGGAGAGGAAGGUGGACGUGUUCGGCUUCGUCACACGCAUCAGAGCCCAGCGCUGCCAGAUGGUCCAGACAGACAUGCAGUACGUGUUCAUCUUCCAGGCCAUCCUGGAGCACUACCUGUAUGGUGACACCGAGCUGGAGGUGACAUCACUGGAGUCCCACCUGGCCAAGCUCUACGCCCCCUCGCCUGCCUCAGGCUGCGGGGGGAUGGAGGCCGAGUUUAAGAAGCUCACCUCUAUAAAAAUACAGAACGACAAGAUGAGGACGGGGAACCUGCCAGCCAACAUGAAGAAGAACAGAGUUCUACAGAUCAUUCCAUAUGAGUUCAACAGAGUCAUCAUCCCCGUCAAGAGGGGCGAGGAGAACACCGACUACGUCAACGCAUCCUUCAUCGAUGGCUACCGUCAGAAGGACUCGUACAUGGCCAGCCAGGGCCCCCUGCAGCACACCAUUGAGGACUUCUGGAGGAUGAUCUGGGAGUGGAGGAGCUGCUCCAUAGUCAUGCUCACCGAGCUGGAGGAGAGAGGACAGGAGAAGUGUGGUCAGUACUGGCCGAGUGACGGCGUGGUGGUGUACGGGGACAUCUCCAUCGAGAUCAAGAGGGAGGAGGAGAGCGAGAGCUACACCAUCCGAGACCUGCUGGUCACCAACAACAGGGAGAACAAGGCUCGUGCGGUGCGCCAGUUCCACUUCCACGGCUGGCCAGAGGUCGGCAUCCCCACGGACGGCAAGGGCAUGAUCAACAUCAUCGCCGCCGUGCAGAAGCAGCAGCAGCAGUCCGGAAACCACCCAAUCACAGUGCACUGCAGUGCGGGCGCGGGUCGGACGGGCACCUUCUGUGCCCUGAGCACGGUGCUGGAGCGGGUGAAGGCCGAGGGCAUCCUGGACGUCUUCCAGACCGUCAAGAGCCUCAGGCUGCAGCGCCCACACAUGGUGCAGACACUGGAGCAGUAUGAGUUCUGUUAUAAAGUGGUCCAGGAGUAUAUCGAUGCCUUUUCCGACUACGCCAACUUCAAGUAGAGGGUGGGGAGGGAGGGCGACUAUGCCAACUUCAAAGUGGAGGUUUGGGAGGGAGGGGUGCCUAGGGCCUGGUUGGCGGCGCAGGGUUGGGUUGGGUUGGGUUGGGUAGGGUGGUGUGGGGGAACUGGCACUGGCUACAGCUCAGCAUGGACAUGGUCGCGGAAAAGGGAAGAAGAGGAGGAGGGAGAGUGUGCAUGAAAGGACUCACAAUGGAUGAAAACAGAGAGAAAAAAGGGUGAGGAGAAAAAGAGAAGAGAAUCUAAACAGAUUGGAUGGAUGGACGGACGGACAGAGAUGAAAGAAAGAAGAGAAACCCAGAUCAGAUGCCUUCUUGGAUAUUUUGUAAUAUUGGUAAUGUUGAUCAAUGAUAUGGCCAUCCACGUCCCCCGUUCUCUCUUUACUCCUCUCCUGUGUUGUGUAUAUACUCCACCCGUUCACAUCUUUUGGCUUUUAGACGUCUCGUCUGCCCCCCACUCGCUCCCCCUUCUAGGGCUGCGCUUUUUAAAAGAGCCACCAUUUUUAACCCAGAAUGCACCCUGGUUUUACCCAGAAUGCAGCUGGCCAAGCUAGAUUGGACUGGAUUGGCCCAAAUUGGGGUUGGGGUUGGGGGGGUCGGAUGCCUCUCUAUCCCUGGACUGAGAAUCUCUACUUGGCUGGAGCAAAGCAAAGGGGAGGAUGAUGACACUAGGGCUUUGUUUUUGUUGCUUGCGUUUCUGCUUUUUUUUACUUUCCUCUUUCCAUUUUCAUUUCAUUUUAUUUCUGUUUUUAUUUUAUUGUUUUUUUUUGGGUUGAGUGACAAAACAAGGAAAAAAAUCUGUGAUUUAAAACGUGGAGCCUGAUUGGUGCUCGAGGAAGCUUUUUGUGUGUGACGGGAGCACCAAAGGUAGCCAAUCAAAAUGCAUCUUAUUAUUCUCAGCGAAGACACGCACACGCACACGCACACACACACACACACACACACACACACACACACACACACACACACACACACACACACACACACACACACACACACACACACACACACACACACCUCCAUAUACACACCCUUUUGUGACCUUAUGCUGUGCAGGAUGGGUGAUGCAGGUGGAUUGGUGAGGUUUCCCAGCCGUGGAAAUCAGAACAGGGUUCGAGUCUAGGUGUUGUGAGCUGCAUUUCAGAUAGACUUGACAUCACACACACACACACACACACACACACACACACACACACACACACACACACACACACACACACACACACACACACACACACAGGCAACAGUGGCGCCUCAGAUUUGGCAUUUACUCACAGCAUCCCCCAGGAAGCCCCAGAGACCACAUAGCACACACAGCAUAUACGCCUUCAAGCACAGCAAAGCAUAGCGCAGGUGCCACUCCCAUACAAUACUGUGUGCCAAAUGCAGACAACUGUCCCCACUCGUCUGCUGCCACCAGAGCAAAAAGGAAGGAAGUUAGUAAAGAGGGAAUAGAGGACAGGAAGUGGAGAGAUGGAGAGGAGGAGGAGCUACCGUAGCCUCUGCUCAGCCUGGUUUUGAGGUAAGGGGAGGUGGGUGGGUUUCUUAUUCACCUGCUUGUUGUACACUCCUCGUGUAGCUCUGAUUAUUUCAUCUACUCUCAAGCGUAAAAUCUCUCUGUGUACAAUUCCUACAGUAGCCCCAGCAUGGAGUGCCUGUCGUAACUGUGCAAAACUCUCCUUGCUUGUGAUGCGCAUUCGCUCAAAUACAACCAGGUGAUGUCAUCACUAUCCUAUAGAUUACUUUACUUUCUUAUUUUCCAGACCAUUAGUAAGCAAGCAUAGGAAUUAUUUGUUUUUAUUGUGAUUGUAGUCAAUUGACACGCCUCUCUCGCCUUAACGGAUGGCAGUGACCAUGUUACCAUAGUGUGUAUGUGUGGGUAUAGUAAAGUUCAAAGGUGUUUUCUUUCAGUUGGCUAGAGCUGAAACACGCCAAACGUCUGCGCUGGUCACAUGAUUAUUUGACAGCCAUUUUUUUGUCUGUUAUUUUUUGCCACUGUGCUUGUUGCCAUGGAAACCUGCAUUCACCAGUCACAUGUUGGACUACUCACAGACAGUGGGCUGGUUCUAGUUGGGACUUUCCUGACCUGUUGCUCUAAUAUCUGCAUGGUCGCAGCAGACAGACGGGACUGGAAUGUCUGCCAUUGUGACAUCCUAAUGCAGGGUUCCAGAAUGUUCGGAACAUAGAGAUGGGAUCUGAUAAUCGGAUAAGUGAAAUACCGGUAUGUAACUCGUAUCAUACCAAGUCGAAGUGGGCUACAACUUUGUUCUACCCAGUAAAACAAAGCAGAAAAGGCUCGUCUUUGAGUCCCAAAUGAGUUUUGGUUUCUGAAAUAGCCGCUUGAAUGAUGCUCUGUUGAGUCACAAUGAUGCGUUCCAGAAUGUUUAACAGGAGGUGGGGAAGGGCAGUGCUGAAAGCAAAGCUCCACAGGGACCGUUGCGGAAUGCAAACGUCAGGGCUGGACUAGAACCAAAAAAUGGGGCAUUUUUGGCUCAAACUCGUCCCUCCCAGACACCCAAGCCAUUUUCUUCCUGUAUUUUGCUUGACUCACUCCAUUGUCUAUAUUAAAGAUGUACCAAUAGGCCGCCUCCUCAACAACAAAAAAACCCAAAAUGAAACAAACAUAAACAACAAUAUAAAUAUAAACAACAUCGGCCCCUGGUGACUGUCAGCCCUUCAGGAAAAUGCCCUGCAUGCCAGAUGACCGGUCCAGCCCUGUCAAACGCCACAUCUCCCCAUCACCACCACCACCCUGAUGCAAGUGAAUGAGCCUGUAAAUGAAUGAGAAUAUUGAUCUGGAAUUGUAACUGUGUUUGCUUUGCUGCAAGAGGAAGCUCAUCGGUUUGAGUUGUCACGCACCAAGGCUAAUUGUCGCAUUAGUGGUUAAUUUGUAUAACGUUUUUUUGUUUGUUUCUGUUUCGUUUUUGUUUUUUUUAAAGUCCAGGGAAUUCUGUGCAUGAUGGCAGACUUAUGCUAUUUCCAAGAAGGACAGUGACGUGUCAGCUGCCACCUUGGGGGUUAAAAAAAAAAGACACAAUGUGAUUGGCUGGAUGUUAUAGGGGUGACGUCAUUCCAUGCAAUGUCACAACCGUGUUUGAAGUUACGGUUACACUGUGCCAAUCUUAAAUCUACAUAGCACCAAGCUACACCUUUGUUUUCUUUCCACAGCCUCUUGCCCAUUGGUUGGGACACAUGAAUUGAUGAUGGUUUGGCUGUCCACAGCAGGAGUGCUCUCUCCAUGGGUCCAACUGAAUAUGUAACCUCCUGUCCUCCCCUUUUGCUUAUAGCCUCGUGCUUUGUUGAUGCCCUGCCUCUUUGGUGAAAACGACAACAACUUUUGGGGGACUUUUGCCUUUUCAACAUCCCAAUUGCAAAUGAGAAAAUAACCUUCGAAUUGCUCCUUUGUGACAUUUUGAAUAAAACUUUUGUCAAUGACGCCCUGUCUUGCAUCAUGAGGCCACAAGCAAAAGGAGUCGACGGGAUAGAUAUUGAGUUAGGCCCUCUAUCUCUGGACCCAAAGCUGGAACUCCAUUGGGCCGUUCGGCACCAAAGUCUAGAAUCCAGAAGCGUCUGUUACACUCUGGUCCAGUGGUCCAGCUUAGAACUCCAGCAAGGUUCCAUAAUCCGGACCUUUCCAGAACUUCCUCCCAUUCCAUGUUGUGCCCGAGAGUUCCUCUGUGGAGAGGCAGACUGACUCAACUCCACUCAGACUUGAUUCCAAACGUUCAAGAUAUUCCACUGUUUCUCCAUUUAAAAUGUGUCCUUUAACCCACAGGCUGAGAGGGAAGCUGUGUGUGUGUGUGUGUGUGUGUGUGUGUGUGUGUGUGCGUGCAUGCGUCAACCUACCCUUUGCCUCCCUUUUAGACUGUGAUGUUCGUUCCCACCCGGCCUCUCCCUGAGCCAUCAUCUGAGGUAGCCUUCAUCAUCCCCUCCCUCUUCCUCUUCCUGCCACUCAUCUUUCUACACCCACUGUGAUUGGAUCUCACGUUAGAUCCCACCCCUCUCCCCUCCCCUCCCCCAUUUGCCCCGCCCCUCUGUACAUACUGUAAGCUAAUUUAAAUCUCCUUCCUGUUUCCUGUCUGUACAGCCUGUGAUUGGUUCCUUCUCUUCUUCUCUGACGCGUGUUUUCAACUGUACUGGGACCAGUUUCACGUCUUCUACAGCGCUUGGUUGCUUCGGUUCUUUUUUGUUAUUUUGAUUUUUAAUUAUUUUUUCUGCUUUUUUUCUUAUUUGGUAUUAUUGUCUUAAAAUUGUAUGUUUUUUUUAUUUGCAUCUGUUUUCUAGUGUUUUGUUAUUCCAAAUUUGAAUAUAUAUGUAUAUAUAAUUAUAUAUAUGAUUUAAAAUUUAUAUAUAAUUAUAUCGUGCCUCAUGGCCUUUCUAAGCAAGAUAUUGUUGAACUCUAAUAAAAGUGCUUGAGAUUUUA